AUGGCGUCGGUUGCGACUCCGAGGUGUCUUUUCUCGUGCAAUCCAUGUGUGUCGAGUACAUCAGCUCAAAAAUACGCCCCGUCGAAAGGAUGUAUGAAGGUGUACCCCGAUCAGCAUGCCCAUGGAGCCAACCCAGUCGACUGCUUCAGAGCCGUAGGGGUUAGCUGUCCUUGGACUUCGGCCAAAUGUCGCGACUACUGCAGCCGGACAAGUAACUGCAAGGCAGUGGAUUGGGAUCCGCCCAGCAGCCUCUGUUGGAUGCACACGCAACUACAUGCAAUGACACCAGGUGUUAAUAACGUGGUGUAUUAUUUGAAAGUCGGUACCUGUGGAGGAUGUGGGACACCCCCAAUGGUUCGGAACGCCAAUCACAACGGGCAGACAAGGACAAAAAAUGGUGGCAAAGUGAAGUACACGUGUAUUGCUGGAUAUGCGUUUGCUGAUGGAAGGCAAUAUAAAGAAAUAAUCUGUCGUGUAGACAGCUGGGAGCACAUUGAUCAAAUCAUGUGCAGCCUCGUCCGCUGCGGUACACCAACAGGAGUAAGAAAUGCUGUGAAGAACUUCAACUCGGCCCUUGACAAGGAUACACCCGGAAGUUUUUUCUGGUAUUCUUGUAAGCCUGGGUAUCAAGGUGUUGGGGAAAGGGCUGUUACAUGUCAGUUGGACGGCAAAUGGAAAGGAUUUUUCUACUGUAAAGCUCCAAACUCCUGCGAUUCAUUCCCACCGAAGAUUCCAAACGUCUCCGGACAGUUCGACCCUCGCAUCGACUCGAAUGUAGUUGGGGCGACCUUCAGCUACACGUGUGCACCCGGCUACAAACAUGGCGGCGCUGACAAGUCGGUCACGUGCCAGGCAAACAAAACAUGGAAGGGAAACGUCAACUGUAAACCUAUCCAUUGCAAAAACCCACCGACAGUCGAAUACGCAGUGAAACAGCUAAACCCAGCCAACGACAACACUACAUUUGGUAGUUCGUUUCGCUACACAUGUCGGAAGCAGACAAUGCAUGUCGGAGAUGAGGUCAUAACAUGCCAGGCGAAUAACACCUGGACCGGGAGAGUCAAAUGCCAAGCCUUGGUUUGCUUUGAACCACCCAGUGUUGGCUACUCUGUCAACGAUGCCGCCGAAACGUCCAGCAUUGGUCAGACAAUAACAUACGGAUGCUUGAUGGGUAUGGAGUUCCGAGAUGGUAAUCGUCUCAAGACUAUACGGUGUCAGAAAUAUGGCAUCUGGCCGAAAAUUGAUAAAGCUUGUACACACAUCCGUUGCUCAUCUCCACCCGAGGUGAGACAUGCCAAGAUUGUCAACCAUGCCGCCUACUACAACUACCUGUCAAAGUUACACUACAGAUGUGAUAAAGGUCACCGUCAUGUCAAAGAUAGGUACAUCAGGUGCUUGAUCAACAAGAAGUGGCAAGGCAAUAUCAAAUGCAUUGCCUCGACUGGUUGUGGAAACCCCCGCAUCGUGGCAAAUGCUCUAAGACAAUUCAAUCCGAAAACUGAUAAGUCAACAUUUGGGAGCUCGUUCACCUACACAUGUAAGAAGGGAUAUAAGCAAGUCAGUGACGUCGAGAUAUUUUGUGCUUCCAACCUCUACUGGAAGGGCAAUGUGGAGUGUAAGGCGGUCUCUUGUGGGAUUCCGACCCACCCAGCCUAUGCGGCCAAUCGUUUCGACCCCACCAAGGAUAAAGAUAUGUAUAACAGUGUGUUCAGGUACACGUGUAAGGAAGGACACGAGCUGGAGAAGGGCAGCUUUAUCACGUGCGAGGCGGAGGGACGCUGGAAGGGGAAGGUGAAAUGCUUACCUGUGGAUUGCGGUCAGCCCAGGGAUUAUGCAAAUGCCCGUAAACAAGUAAAAAGAACGACCUAUAAAGGGAAGGUAUACUACACGUGCGCUGAUGGCUCAAAGACUCUCGUUAAGACUUGCAAUAAAAGCAAGCAAUGGGAACCAAGUGUCGGCCUAAAAUGUAAAGAAUUGUCCACUGAUCUUCCAGAUACUGUUGACAUGGCUGAUAUCGACCUCGGUGAUUUGUAGUACCGACAUUGUCCGCAUGUGCGUCAGGCAUUUCCUCCUGGCCGGCCCCGAAGUGGCCGCUAUAUGACAACUCGUAACUUUCGAAAGCGAUGGCCAAUUUUAGUGCUGAUAUGUUUUCAUUCUCCCUGAAAUAAUAUUAGAAGUUAUUGGCCACUUUUCAACAACAAACAAACGAGCCUCAUACAUAAAUUUAUAUUUAAAUAAAUUGUAACCAUAACUAUUGACCAGUUUUGCGAGUAAUAAAAACGUACUGUUUAUGAAUAAUCUAAUCUUCUGCCACAGUGUGCAUUACGUGUAUUUUCCCUUGUCGAUGUUGGC